CAAAAGAAGAAAAACCCUUCUGAUACUUGAAUUUGGAACGGAGCAGAAUUCAUUGUCCACCGACCUCCACACCUAACCAAACUCCAAUUCUUUCCAUUUCCUAGGGUUUCAAGCAGCAAUAAUGGAGGUUUCCGGGUUCCUUUCUCGACGCGUUUCCUGCUUUCCCGGUGUUGCUGUCACCGCCGCUCAAUCUUCCAAGCCGUCGAUUCGGGUUCCGGAUCAUCGAGAUUCUGGGGUUUCGUUCGGACUCAGAAGCACUCCCUCGACUGUAAAGACUGGGUUUCGCGAUUUGGGUCAUUUGGAGUAUUAUUCUAAAGUUCCAAUAAGGUGUGGUGGAAAGAAGAAGAAGGACAAGGAAAAGGAUAAGACUUAUGGUGUCCGUACCAUUGAGAAGAAAUUGACCUUGCUUGAGGCGUUAUCCAUGUCCAACAACUUAAACGCUGAUAUGGAUCAUCAAGUUCAUAACAACAUGAUUUCGGAAGCUGCAAAUGAAUUGCUUACCCAACUUGAACAGCUAAGAGCAGAGGAGAAGGAGUUGAAGAUGAAGAGAAAACAAUUGAAGGCCAAGCUAAAAGCUGAACGAAUGGCAAGCAUGAUGCAUUGUGAAUCAUCAUCAUCAUCCUCCUCAUCUGAAUCAAGUGACAGCGAAUGCGAUGAGGUGGUUGACAUGAAACAACUGAGAAGUGAACCUAUUUCUCAGCCACUCCAAGAAGAUAAUGGCUUGCCACCAAUACCUGAAGACUCAGUGAAACUGUUGUUAUCCCUUCCGAGUUCAGUAACUACAAGCUCAACUGAUGCAUUGAUUCGCAAAGGCGAAAGUGAACUUGGCAAGCCAAGUAUUAGUAGCUAUGGCAGUAGCAGUAUUGGGCAUGUUAAUGGAGGAGGUUUGUGUAAUAAGAAGGUGGUGGAGGUGUGCAUGGGGAACAAGUGCAAGAAGUCAGGAAGUGUGGCUCUGGUGGAAGAAUUCGAGAGAGUGAUGGGUGCAGAGGGAGCUGUUGUGGGGUGCAAGUGCAUGGGAAAAUGCAAAGCUGGUCCCAAUGUUAGAGUUCUCAAUAGGGUAGCUGAUGAAUCUGUUAGAACUGUAGCUAAUCCUCUCUGUAUUGGAGUUGGUUUGGAGGAUGUGAAUCAUAUCGUGGCUAAUUUGUUUAGAGAAGAUACUAAAGAUAUGGGGUUGGCUGCAGCAGUUUAGAGUUUAGAAUCAGAGGGGAGGCUUUCUUUUUUUGGCUUUUGGCUAUCUCUUUGAAUAUAAGAUGAAGUUGUAUAAUUAUACUUUAGGUAUUGUGAAUAGACAGCAGAUAUUUCCUUCAAUUCUGUAAGUUUAUAAAACUACACAGUGAUACAACAUAUAUAUAUAUAUUUAUUUAUUUA